AGUCACUUGGCAGUAGUUAAGAAGCAUUAAACUUGCUACUAAAUCAGACCAAAACACAUAAUCCAUAUCCAACUCAAAUUACUGUUACAUUAUUCAUGUUUUCUUCCUUCUCCAAUCUGGAUUAACCCAACCAAACCAAUCUAAUCUAAUCUUAUUACUAUAAAACUUACAAAAUCCCUCGUUUCAUCAGAAAAUUUAUAUAAAGCUGGCCAUAACUUUUCUUCUGCCUUUUAACGUGACACCUUUCAAUUCUAUUAUUAUUCAUCAGAAUUCUUUAUAGUUUUUUCAAAUCAAUCAUCAAUGGCGAAACACGAAGAACUACCAGUCCCGGAAUUUGCAUCGUUAGAACCGGUUUAUGGAGACGGUUCACAACUCGAAGAAACCCAACUUCGGUUUGAUACACUUAAAUCCAAGUUCGUUGAAGUUUUUACUCAUCCUCCUCGAGUUUUUGCGAGAUCCCCAGGAAGAGUGAACUUGAUUGGAGAACAUAUUGAUUAUGAAGGUUACUCGGUGUUACCGAUGGCUAUUCGCCAAGAUACCAUAAUUGGAAUCCAUAGACACGAGCCUGUUGAUGGCGAAAAGCUUCUUCGAAUUGCAAAUGUUAAUGAUAAGUAUACCCUAUGUACUUAUCCUGCUGAUCCUAAUCAGGAAAUUGACUUGAAAAACCAUAGAUGGGGCCAUUAUUUUAUCUGCGCUUAUAAAGGAUUUUAUGAAUUUGUUAAAGCUAAAGGGUUGGAUGUUGGUCCACCAGUGGGUCUCGAUAUUAUGGUUGAUGGAAUUGUCCCAACAGGCUCUGGUCUGUCAAGCUCUGCAGCAUUUGUUUGUUCUGCUACAAUAGCUAUCAUGGCUGCUUUUAAUUUGAAUUUUCCAAAGAAAGAACUUGCCCAGCUUACAUGUGAAUGCGAGAGGCACAUUGGAACUCAAUCAGGAGGAAUGGACCAGGCAAUCUCUGUCAUGGCCCAAACUGGGUUUGCAGAGCUUAUUGAUUUCAACCCCAUUCGUGCCACUGAUGUCGCACUUCCUGCUGGCGGGACAUUUGUAAUAGCACAUUCUUUGGCAGAAUCUCAGAAGGCAGUCACUGCUGCUACAAAUUACAACAAUAGAGUUGUUGAAUGUCGACUGGCUGCUAUAGUGCUUGGAAUUAAACUUGGGAUGAAACCAGAAGAUGCAAUAGCAGAAGUAAAAACUCUCUCUGACGUUGAAGGAUUAUGUGUAUCAUUUGCUGGUACUCGUAAUUCUUCUGAUCCUGUUGUUGCUGUUAAGGAAUUUUUGAAUGAGGAACCAUAUACGGCUGAAGAUAUUGAAACUAUCACUGAAGAGAAACUUUCAUCAAUUUUCACCAACUCCCAAUCGUCAUUGGAUGUGCUAAGAGCAGCCAAGCACUUUAAGUUACAUCAGAGGGCUGCCCAUGUUUACUCUGAAGCUAAGCGGGUACAUGCCUUUAAAGACACUGUAUCUUCAAAUCUAAGUGAUGAGGACAAGUUAAAGAAGCUAGGGGAUCUUAUGAAUGAUAGCCACCACAGCUGCAGUGUUCUAUACGAAUGCAGCUGUCCAGAGUUGGAAGAGCUCGUAAAAGUUUGCCGGGAGCAUGGUGCACUAGGCGCAAGGCUCACAGGCGCGGGAUGGGGUGGCUGCGCAGUAGCUUUGGUAAAAGAAUCCAUCGUCCCACAGUUCAUCCUUAAUUUGAAGGAAAAGUUCUUCCAAUCGAGGAUUGACAGGGGCGUCAUCAAGAAGAAUGAUCUCGGUCUCUACGUUUUCGCUUCGAAGCCAUCAAGCGGAGCUGCUAUUUUCAGGUUUUAACCGGCCAGUACGGGAUUUGCUCAUUGGUCAGCAUUAUUUAUAUCAGGAAAAUGAAUCACUCAGUCCUAACUGAAUAAAGAGCGGGCAGCUCUGGUCAGAAUAUUUUGUUGUUUUAUACUUAAUUAUUGUAAGACUAGUCACAAAAGUAAAUAAGUAUUUUAACAAUUACUUGAUGAACAAGGUGCUCAUGUAAAGUUGAUUAACCAUUCCAAACUAAUAAUGCUUUAUGGUUCCAAUGAA